AUGGAUAUCAACAAGUUGAAGUUUGCUGUCAGCUGUUCUAGUAAUAUGAACCGAAGUAUGGAGGCCCACAGUUUCAUGCAAAAACGAGGCUUCAAUAUUGAGUCAUACGGAUCUGGUAAUCAGGUGAAACUACCCGGCACAGCUAUAGAUAAACCAAAUUGUUAUGAGUUUGGAAAAACAACCUACGAAUUCAUCUACAAUGAUCUCAAAGCAAAAGACUCCGCAUACUACACUCAAAAUGGUCUUUUGAAUAUGCUUGAUCGAAAUCGUCGCAUAAAACCUGCUCCCCAGAAGUUUCAACACGAAGACAAAGAGUUUGACGUCAUUAUUUGCCUUGAGGAAAGGGUUUACGAUCAGGUAGUCGAUCAUCUUCACACUAGGCCAACAACUAGCGGAAAUCCGGCCCACGUCAUCAAUAUUGACAUCGAAGACAACCCGGAAGAAGCUACCAUAGGAGCAUGGCUUGUUUGUGAAUUAUGUGGAAAGUUGGAUGAGUGUGACGACCUGGACAACGAAAUCGACGAGAUCCUGGCAGACUUUGAAGCGAAAAAUCAGAAACGAAAUAUAUUGCACACCAUAUGUUUUUACUAG